AUGAGUAGAAAAAAACAGCUUCUUGAUUUACUCUCUUGGAUAAGAAAGGUUGUUCAAGAUAUAAAAAUGAAAUAUGAGACGGGGAUAGUGAUUCCAAUCAGAUUGUUUUUCUGCGAUUCUUCUGUCAGUUGUUGGAAUCGUGAAGGAUAG